AGAAGCGUAUAGAAGUAGACCGUCUGAAGUAGUUUGUCUCCUGAUCCAGCAGAGGGCGAUCACUGUCAGCUCAACCUAUUGCCUGCCCUCUUUGGCUAUUAGUAAAAAAAGUCAGUAAUGUUAAAACUGCAAAUACAAUGUGAAUGGUCAAAAGUAGGCCUUUUCCAAUAAAAGGGAGGGAUAUUCUGAUAUUGUCACCUCCACCAAGGAUGUUAUGUUUUCUUCUUGGUUUGUUUGUUCCUCUGUUAGUCAGCAGGACUAGGCACAGAACUACUGGACACAUUACCAAGAAACUAAAUGGAAGGAUGUGGUUUGGGUCAGGAAAGAACCCAUUAAAUUUUGCUGCAGAUCUGGUUCAGGCAUUUUUUUUUCACUUUCUUUAACAUUACAAAAUAGGAUGUUUUUCAACAUUUUCCUUGAUUUCUCAGAGAAUAAAUCAUGGGUUUUGAUGAAAAGGCGUCUGUGUUUAAGGGACUGAUAUUUAUAAGUGUGUGCAAUUUGAUCCAGUUCAGGUUUUAGGAUCAUCCUUUGGACAUGUUUACAGCAUCUUCGAAAUGUGUGUCUCAGUUGGUGUUUUUAUUUGUGAGUCACAGCCUCUCGCCUGCUAACGGUCAGCUCUGUGCAUUGUACACAAACCAAAUGGACAGCGGUUUGUAGGGCUGGGGUAGAGCUGCAUGGCCAAAAGAAAAGGCCACAUUUCUAGAUGGAAGGAGAAAACACAUCUGGUUUUGAAACAUCAAGAAAGACUUUGAGAUCAAGAGGUUUUCCUCCAAAGGGCAAUGAAGUUUAAAAGAAUGCAGCAGUAGGAUAGACAUGAUUGGAGCAUUUUACGUUAAACUGAGUACGCAUGGCUGCAUGUACACAAUAUUACUUUUCUUUAGCCAUGUAAAAAGCUUAGAAUGAAUAUUUUCUACAUGUUAAAUUAUGAAACACUGGAUGUCUUUUGGAACUUUGGUGCUUCCAUCUGUUUCAUAAAUCUGUGGUGGUUUUAUUGGUUUGUUGUGUUUUCUGGUCAGCAAGAUAGAUGAGGAACGGUUUUCCAUAAAUCUUGAAAAAUGAAAUAAACUUUUUAAAAUUUCAUAAGGACUUUAAUUUUGGACGUCACUGUCUGAAAGUACAGUCCCCCGUGCAGGACGAGGCGUUAAUGUGUUUUGUUUUUCUAGGUGUGCGUGUGUGUGUCAGUGUUCAACAUGCCUGUUAACCAGUCUCCUUCAAACUCUAUGUGACCAGUGGGACUCUCCAAGCAGAUGCCGACGACCAUUGCUCCCAUUCCACAUCUUGUCUCUAAUCCUGUGUUGUCGUGUGUUAUUUCUCCCUCUGUCUGCUCCCCCUCCAUCCAGCCCAGUCCUCGGUGUAGUCCUGCUGAGGGGCAUUUGUUUCUAGUGGUGGGUGGCGUGCCUCUGUCCAGCAGCCAUGUCGGGCUUCAAUCUGCUGCAUCUAAUAACCAAGAGUCAGCCUGUAACUCUGAGGUCCUGCAGUCUUCCCUCAGGAGCAUGUAGGACCAAGAAGACAUGGCCGGUGAGCUUCUCUCAGGAGGAGCUGAGGAAACGUCUCACUCCCAAGCAGUUCCAUGUGACUCAGGAAAGAGGAACUGAGAGUGCGUUCGCUGGUGAAUUCACAGAUCAUAAAGAUGAUGGCACCUACACGUGUGUUGUCUGUGGAAAUCAGCUGUUCAGCUCCAAGACUAAAUUUGACUCUGGAUCAGGUUGGCCAUCCUUCUUUGACCUGGUGAAGGAGGAGUCUGUGACUGUGACCGAUGAUUUCUCCUAUGGGAUGCACAGAGUGGAGACCACCUGCAACCAGUGUGGCGCUCAUCUGGGACACCUGUUUGAUGAUGGACCAAGACCCACAGGGAAGCGCUACUGCAUUAACUCAGCCUCACUGGCCUUCCAGCCCAAAGACACGGCCUCCUCCACCUCCACCUCCAGCCCCGCGGCUGAGGGCGGAGCUGCCAGCAGCUCAGCGAGCGAUGGGAAGACGGAGCUCUGAACGACCCGCCGGCCUUCUGACUGUGUGUAGGAGUCCAAAAGUUCUCGUAGCAUUGAAACACUUCACAGAGUACAGACAGAGUGAGGUGAUUGUGUGGCAGAGAGAAGAAAAGUCCUCUAGUUUAUCACACAGACCAAAUGCACCAAAUAAUCUGUCACAAGGGAAAGUGCAUGUUUCCUAAACAGCCAUAAAACUGCAACACACGCACACACUGCAUUAAUUGGUUGCCUUAAAAGAAUCAUUUGGUAUUUGUCAACCUGGGUGUUGCACACUUUUCUCCGUUGUCGUCAUGAGGGGAGCAGGAGGAGGUUGUGUUACUGCCACAGGACCUUCAGCUGUGGUUCAGUGACGACUUCCUGUGUUUCCAUUUGGUAUGAGCUUCUGCUUCCUGCCCCAUGUAACAGUGUCCUUACUGAAUUAUGCAUUUCCCCCCCAGAAAAACAUCUACGUUGACAAAUAACUAAAUUCCACCCUUUAAUUAUCCAGGUCUGGGUUUCAGCAUCUGCUCUGCCAGUUUAUAUAUGGAUGAAGUGCUGUGUUCUAGACACACAAACACACGUGUGUAUAUACAGUACAAUAAAUAUAUAUUGCUAUAUUAAAGUGUUGUUUGAUACUGAGAGGUUAAUUUAACGAUAUCACCUAUGCAAGUGCUAGCGUCAGCAGUGACCGAAGGAAUCUUAUUGUGGAAAAUAAUGUAGUGCGGCCUCCAGGUCACUUCCUGUAUUUGUUCCUUCUUUAGUCCUUUAGGAAAUAUUUUCAGCUUGUAUUAAAACAGUUAUUGGAUGAAUAAAAUAUCUUGAAGCAC